AUGUUUACUGGGCUCUGUCUUCAUGUCUUAUUUCUGUGGCUUAGGCUGCUAAUAUGUAGAGAAGAAGAAAUCAACAUAUGGAGUGAUUCUUACCCAUGGAGCUGGAGGAGAUAUGAAUUUCCCUCACUUAGUGUCUUUGGCAGCCUAUCUUGCAUGCCAUGGAGUUCUGUGCCUGCGGUUUACUUGUAAAGGCCUUAACAUUGCUUAUAGGACUAAGGCCUUCAAAACAGUUGUGGAAUACUUAAAGCUUUCUGAUGAUUAUAAACUUUCGGGUGUCUUCCUUGCAGGCCGUUCCAUGGGCUCACGAGCUGCUGCCUCUGUGAUACGUCACCUUAGCCAGGAGGAUGAUGAUGACUUCAUUCAAGGUCUAGUAUGUUUAUCUUACCCGUUGCAUCGACCAAACCUUCAGUCCAAGCUCCGGGAUGAAGAUUUAUUAUUUAUCAGGUGCCCGGUGCUGUUUGUCUCAGGAUCAGCAGAUGAGAUGUGUGAAAAACGAUUGCUUGAAGGUGUGGUAAGCAAAAUGAAGGCCCCUAAAAAAAUCCACUGGAUUGAUAAAGCAAACCAUGGGAUGGCAGUCAAAGGACGAACAGCAGAUGAUGUCAUGGAAGAAAUAAAUACACAAGUUUUUUCUUGGCUUAGAGAGAAUAUUGAACUGGAACCCAAAUGAUUUGCAGUGCUUAAGCAGUAUCUUCAUUUAGCUUUCCCCAAGUGCAGCAAAUUAGAGUUUCUUACUUCUGAGAGAUGUAUUUUUAAAAAACAGAUAUUCAGAAGUCUAAGUUUAAAUGCAAGUAAAACUUUUUUUGUGUGAAU